UGCGCAAGCUCCGCAGUAGAUUGGUCUGACUGAAGUUAGUGUGCUAGUGUUGUGGAGGCUGCUGGAGAAAUACACAGGUGACGUGGGCAAGCAAACAGGAUGUCAGUGGAGAAGCGCCUGGCUUUUUCGAUUGUGCAGUUCCUCCGUGAUCAGACACACUCGGAUACUUUGAACUCCGAUGAACAAGAAAGCCUUGAAGUUGCAAUACAGUGUCUGGAGACAACAUUUAAGAUCAGCUCAGAUGACAGCCAUCUAGCAGUUCCACAGUCUCUUGCAGAGAUCUUUUUGAACUCCAUCUUCAAGAAUGACAACUUGUCCAUUCCGGAGAUCUCUGCCUCCCCAGAAGAUGCAGAUAGGGCUGAACAGCUAAAGAAUGAAGGAAACAAUCAUAUGAAGGAAGAGAAUUACAGCUCAGCUAUUGAGUGCUACACAAAAGCCAUUGACUUGGACCUGAACAAUGCAGUCUAUUACUGUAACAGGGCUGCAGCUCAUAGUAAACUAGGGAACUUUGUGGAAGCGACAAAUGACUGUGAGAGGGCAAUAGGAAUAGAUCCGACGUACAGCAAAGCCUACGGAAGAAUGGGUCUAGCCCUGACUGCAAUGAAUAAAUAUACAGAUGCCAUUACAUACUUCAAGAAGGCUUUAGUACUGGAUCCAGAUAAUGACACCUAUAAAUCGAACCUGAAAAUUGCAGAGCAGAAGCUGAAGGAAGCCUCAAGUCCAACUGCCACUGGGCUUGGAUUUGAUAUGGCAAGUCUCAUAAACAACCCUGCUUUCAUCAGUAUGGCUGCAAGUGUAAUGCAGAACCCCCAAGUGCAACAGCUCAUGUCUGGAAUGAUGUCGAACGCAGUCGGCGGUCCAGCAGCUGGGGUCGGGGGACUAUCGGACAUAUCCAGCCUCAUUGAAGCCGGACAGCAGUUCGCUCAGCAGAUCCAGCAGCAGAACCCGGAGCUGAUCGAGCAGCUGAGAAACCACGUGCGGAGCAGGUCCUUCAGCGGCAGUGCGGAGGAGCGCUCCUGAUCAGGGGCAGGUAGGCCCAGGGCCCGCGGGCUCUGCCAGCUCACUCAAGCAGCCUGAAGCGCACUUCCAGAACGCGAAGGAUACGCGAGAUUUAUACCUAGAGCUCCUAAUUUAAAUCUCCACUGCUUCCCGCUUUAUCACCUGAACGAGCAAUUCGGGGGAAUUCAUGAGCGUUUAAUCAAAAGUCCCUGGUUCUCGAAACAUUGGGAUGUUUGGACAUGUUAGUGUUGUUAACUCUUUGCAGGAUGGUUUAAGACCUUGAUUUGGGUUAACUUUUGCACACAUUUUCAAGUUUCCUUGUACGUUUGUGCAGUUUUCUGACAGCUUUGACCUUAUUUCUGUUGUUAUAAUGUAGCCUUUAAAAUACGGAAGACUUUGUGAUAAAUGUUCAGUAGUCAUUAAUAAAUAAUUGCUUAAACUGCUGGAGAUUAUCUAAAUACAUGAACAAAUGCGAAUGUGCAAUCAUGUUUAUCAGCCACACCAAUUAUUGAAUUAUUUUAAUUGCACUUGUGAAUUGACCUUUAAUUGCACAUUUUCCCCUUGCAGUGAUAAAGAGAUACAAAGUAAACGUUUCACGAUUACAAUGUCAAGACCCCAGUAGAGGAUAUCCGCAGCGCUAGAAUGAAGCAGACUGCAAAGGGCGAGCACAUUUUACGGUGAAUUAACAGCUUUACAAUGAAUGCUGAUCUCCUUUAACAAAAAACAUUGCACAAUUUACUAGUCAACACAUUAUAAAAAAAAACCACAGAGCAGACUGUACAUCACACGUUAGUCUGAUAACAUUUGAAAUGGUUUUAAAUGUGUAUUAUGUUGUAGCAAGGUAAUGUACUGUACCCAGCUAUUUUCAGGACUGCAGCUGUAGGUAGCACGUAUUUUGCCCGUCACUGUACAUUUUCCACUUCCUUCCAUGUUUGGAAACCGUUUUAAAAUUUCUGUAAAUAGCUUCCUAUACUAUCAUAGGAAAAUAAAUGUAUGUCAGAAUUGUAAUGCUUCUUAGCAUUAUUUUGCAUGUUCCUUAACAGGACGUGAUACUUACUGUAUGCUCAGACUACUUUGGAAGGCUGUAAUUAUAAGAGUCCCAUUACAGUGGGAGGUACACCAAAAUGUCAUUAACUGAUUGUUGCUGUGAAACUUAGAUA